CAGCCAGGCAGCAAUACAUACAUGUCAGGCAGAGAGAGUUCAAAAACGCCACGCCACGCCACAGACAGCAAUGAAUAAGAGACGGACGACCACUGCCUUCCCCUCCUUCUUUCUUCCGUCCGUCCGUAUCACACACGACAAAGAACCCUCCCCUCAACAACCACACCACCACAGCCGUCACUCUCCGCCAUCGUCGGUCUUGGUCGUCCCAUCUCCCUUACUGUCGCCAUUGAACCGGUACGGAUAGCUCGCGCCACCCUCCUUCCUCGAUGACGACGCCUCGCCAUCCCGCCCGCCCUGCUCCCCAGGAGUCUCCCCCUCAUCGUGGCCAUGGCUGUUGUUCUCAAUCCACGUGGACAGCAGGGGGAUGCCGACGGACCGCCGCUCCUCUGCCACAGACCCCAUCGACGAACACGACUCGACAUGACGCUGCGGCCGAUGUUGCUGAUCCUGCCGCAAUUCCACCACUGCGGGCGGUGCAACUGCCAGCGGGGGGGCACUUGGUGAGUGGGCGGUGGGUGAUGUUGGUAGUGGUGGUAGCGGCUGGGGGACGGGUGCGGGUGCUGCGUCGAUAAAGCUCGAUGACGAGCCGGUGCGGCCACACACGGCGAAGCACUUGGUCCAGCGGCGCAGAAUAAAGUCCAUAGUAUCGGACACGCGACGAAUCGUAGUUCUGAUGAGCACACACACACACGACAGACAGGCAGGCAAGCGCGGGGGAUGGAUGGAUGGAGGGAGGGAGGGAGGGAGGGAGGGACAAGGCAGGUUGAGUGUCCACCUUACGCAUUAGCGUCUGGCUGGGCGAGGGUGGAGACAAAACCCGAUAAAACGUCCACAUUGUCUCGGCCAUCGCUGAAGGCUGCCGCCUCAUCCUUGUCUCCCUUCACACCGUCAUGGCCGCACACACACGCCUCACCACCGCCACCAGGGGCGGCAGCAGGAUCAGCGGACAGUGGUGCCGGUGGAUCCCCCUCUCUCCGGUCAUCGUCAGUGCCGUUUUUUGUGGCGGCAUCAGGCAGCGGCACCGCCUUCAUGCCGGCCCUAGGGAAGAUCCGUCUGAGUGCGGGCGACCAUGGUGACCAGUAGGCCUGCCCGUCGCUGCUGGUCUCCCUUCGUUGCCGCGCCGUAAUGGCUCCUGGGGGCGUCCCCGCACGCCUAGCAGAUCGGGUGAGCAGUGGGCUCCGCCGUUGCUGCAUACGGGGGGAGAGACGAUUGGCGGCCUGCUGCUGCUGUUGCUGCUGUGACGACGAGACGGCGUUGGCAGACGGGAUGAACUCGCCGACACGGUGGAUGUGGCUCUUGAUGCCGAGCAGCUCUUCGUAGGCCUCCAUGAUCUCCUGGACGACCUGAGCCUGCACCUCCUCGGUGAUGAGCAGACCGGCACGGUCCUUGGCGGUGAAGACUGCCGACUCGUCGUUGAGCACCUCAGCCAAGUCACACGCGUUGAACUGAACACACACACACCAACACAUACACACAUAAAGAAUAAGACAUGCUGAUGGUUGUUUUGAUUGCUGGGUGGUCCGACUGACUGACCGAGUGAGGCGGCAGUGUGCGGCUGGCGGCGAUGGUGCUGGCGUCGGUCCCUAUAGCGCUCGCAUUGACGCUCUCGGGCGUACUGCUCGACCCACCCGCCACAGACUUGUCCCCCUCACCACCACCCCCACCACCACUUGCUGCUGCCGUCUCAGUGCCGCCCCCCACCCCGUAGCCCGCGAGGCUCAUGCCCAUGUUCUCCAUUAUCUGCGUGACGGCGCCGGUAGUGCCGGAGGUGCCACCGCCAGGGUCAUUCUUGCGCAUCGUCCAUCCAUUUCUCCUCUCCUGCCACUCUUGGCUGUAGUUCUGCAGGCUCUUGUAGGCGCCCUUGCUGGUGUCCUUGACGAGGCGGAAUGUGCCAAGGAUGGGGAGGUAGAUGAGGUUGAGCAUCCCCACCCCCACACCCAUGGCACCGCCCACGAAGCCGCCCGACUUGACGCCGUGGAGCGGGUACGUCACGAUGCCUUCGAAACCUGAUGCAUGCAUCAUUAGGAUGGAUGUGCAGCAUCGUCAGAAGAGACAAAUUGCAAGGGAGGGACGGCUUUGUGUGUGUGUGUGUGUGUGUGUGGUGCGUGUGUGAGGGGGCGGGAGGUGGCUGACCCUGCUGCAGGCAUUCGGCGUAUGUCUGUGCGCCCCGCAUGACGCCUUCGUGGAAGUUGCGGAUGUUGCCCUUCUUGCGCCGCCACGUCCAGUCGAUGGCAUGGUACUCCCUGACACAGCAACCAUAGUGACCACAUCGACCAUCUGCAGAGAGAGACAGAUGGACUGCGUACCUACCUUCUUGUGUGUGGCCUGAAGUUGAGUAUGGCGUCGUCAUCGGUGCCCUUCCUCCUCUGCAUGGUGCCCAGGACGUCCCGCCUCACCAGGUGCGGCCACUCGUCCGCAUCGCCAUCGUCGCUAACCCCACGCUGCGCAGCCAACUCCGGUGGCACCGGCACGCUGAUAACCAAACCGUCCUCAGCACUCGACGAAGACGACCCCUCCCCCUCUCCCUCUCCCUCCGUCAGGUCGUCUUUGCCAGCCGCGGCGGUCUCCAACAGCGGCAGAUUUGGCUCACUGACAGACAUCGGAGGCAUCAUGUCCACUCGACGCCUUACUGUGGCACUGGCAGCCGACGGGGCAGCGUCGCCAUCCCCCGAGCACUCAGUGCGAUCGCUGGGAUCCCUCAAGGGGUCAGAGAGGAGGUCUGUGGGUGCUGGUGGUGCUGCUGGUGGCGGGGGAGGGGGAGGUGUGGGGGGCGGCUGGGCAGUGUCUUGGGUUGGUGUGGUGGGUGCUGCAUCUGGCUUGCUGCUGGUGUCCUUCUGCCCUCCGAGUAGGGGCGGCAGUGGUGGCGCGUCGGCUUUAGAUCGGAUGAGCGGCUUGGUCUGCUGUGAGAGGGGCGUCUCGAGAGGGAAGCGUCGCCUGCGCCGCCACGCGUAGCCCUGCGGGCCGUUGAUCACAUAGUCACAUACCCUGCCAGGUCAGACAAUCGACAAGCAGACCAGACGCACACCGAUCAACACAAUCCACACACGGGAUCGUUCUCGUGUUCCUUCUUACUUGCAGAGCCUCAUAUCGGCGUCGUGGUCGUAGACCUUGGCCAGCCCCGCCGUCUGCAGAAAGUGCUGCUUCGACUUGCUGGACCGGCCCAUCGGUGACCGAAAGGGAUCGCUCUGGUGACUCAAACACCGAGUGGCCCUGACAGGCGUCUCCCCACCGCCACCCACACCCACACCCACAGACGCCUCGGUGGCGCACCGCAUCGGCGGCGCCGACACUGCUCGCGCAGACGCUGUGGCUGUGGCUUUGUUGUCGGUGUCUGCCAGGCUGGCCGUGUCGGUGGACAUGGCCAGCAGGGGCUCGCCGGCAGCAGGAACGGCGUCGGAGCGUGAGAGUCUGGCGGGGGAGCGCGCCUCGAGGCUGACGGGCGAUGGCGAGCCGUUGGGCGUCUUGGAGAGGGCAUCGAUCUGGCUGUGGGUGGCGGAACGCAGCUCCUGGAUUGUCUGGCGUGUAGCAAAAGGGCAGCGAAUGAAUGACCACUGAGUGUGUGUGGGUGUGGUGUGUGCGCGUGUGGUGUGGUGUGUGACCUGGUCCUGUCUCUGCAGUAGUGCCUGUCGGCAGACUUCGCACUGCAGCAGGUCCAGGGGCAGCUGCCGGUGGAACGCCGCCACGCCCUCCUCCACACCAUUCUCACGCGCCAUCUGCUCCGCCAAAAUGGCCGCAUUCGCCUUGGUCUAAAGAUACACCAAAACCAACGCACACGUGACCAAUACGGCUCGCUCUGCUGAUGAGUAUCUCUCACAUCGUCUCGCUGGCAGUGUCGAAUGGCCUCCGCGAAGGCUUUCUGCGUCAUGCGUGUGCCGGCGAUGGGUGCCGGCCCCGCCCCGAACCGCUUGACCAUCUCGCCCCAGAAGAACUGGUCGCCGAAAAACGGCACGACGAUGGUGGGCCGGCCGGCGCGGAGCCCCGCUGCCGUCGUGCCGGCGCCGCCGUGAUGGCAGACGGCCUCACACCGGGGAAACAGCCAAUCGUGCGGACAGUUGCCUGCAGGAGACAAAGAGGCAGGCGUGGAGAUGGGGUGGUGGAGAGAUGGACUGACCGAUGAAGAAGAUUUGGUCGGGGUUGACGUCUUCGAGUUUGGAGAGGUCCUCGCUCCAGCCCUUGUUGAUCAACGCACGCACUCCAGUGGAGCUGUCAGACAACCAGCCACCCAGAGAGACACACGAGGAGAGAGGGAGAGAGAGAGAGAUGCAGCGAGCCAGCCAGGCACCCGGCCGUGUGUGGUAGGCUGCUUACAUGACGGCUUUGAUGAUUCCGCUCAUGAUUCGGUCGAAGCCGUCGACCACCACAGAGCCAAAGCCGAUGUAGAAGGGCGGCGGACCCUUAGACAUGAAGGCGUCCAAGUCGCUGGGCGGCCGAUACGACGUCACACUGAGAAAUGCGCACAGACCCACAAAACACACACAACACACACAUACAGAUGGAUGGUUCAAGCUAGCAUGGUGGCGGGGCGGGGGGGCACACCAACCAGUCAAGGAAGAAGAAUCCGGUGAUGUCGAUCUGCGGCCCCCAGUCUUUCGGCUUUGGGAUGAGGGACGGCGACCAGCAGUAGGCAUGCGGCACCUUCAAGUGGUCCAACAAACUAGGAGCUGACAGAUCAACAGAAGCACCGCCACUGAUGGAAUGCCUGGGCUCUUUCUUCUCUCCUGAUUGAUUGAUUGAUUGCUUGACUGACUGACCUUCUUCGGUCCUGUGGAUGGUGUCCAGGCCGAGUGUCCUCUUGCGGAAGUUGUUGAUGAGGUCCCGCAUGCCCAGCCACGUCAGCUCGUUGACCAAAGUGUAAGACAGCCAAUUCUCAAACUCAUUCGUCGCCCUGCAAAGCACAGACACACACAUAUCCACACAUCCGUUUGUUUGCAUGUGUGUGUCUGGCUACGGCCCCCACCUACCCACCUGUCAUGGUGUGUGAGGGGGUGGGGGAAGCUCUCUGUGGGCGACCACGGCAUAGUGAAGUAGAUGUGGCAAGGGAUCUUGAGCCGCUCCGCCACGUGGAUGUGCGCCCACGACACAGGGUUCGCUAUGAUGGCCUCGGCCACAAACUCCUCACCCGUGUCCAAAUCACUCGCCCUGCACAGCACACACACAGCGGCAUGGGAUGGACAUCUAGCGUCUUGUCGUCUGUCUCUUGUGUGUGUCACUCAUUCGGUCAUUGGUACGUGCUGGCGGGCCAGGCCGACUGGAUGAUCUCAUCGAGGAUCUGGCGCUUCUUGGGGAUCUCACGGGGGUCGCGCGGCAGCAGACCUGACCCACCGCACCAGCCCCACCCCCAACACACGACUGUGCGGCACUUGCCUGUGUGUGAGUGUAUGUGUGUGAGUUGAUAUGGGCCCUGACAGGCACGUACCAGGGUUGCGCACCAUGUAGGCGAGCAGCUCCUUGGGGUCACCGCCCAGCGGAUAAAACGCCAGACCCUCACCCUUGACGAAAUCCUACCACACACCGCACCCAUGCGCUCAUGCGUCACUCCCUCCCUGCCUGCCUCCCGUGUCACCCUGAAAUUAGAGUGUGUGGCGAGCCUGCAGGUGUGUCCGAUCUCAUUCAGCUUCUUGGCCAGCGGGAUGAAUGGCUGCACGUCGCCCCGCGACCCCACCACCAGGAUCAGUAUCUUGAGCCGCGGGAUGAACUCCAGAUUGUCCGGCUGGAUGAACAGCUGGCCCACAAGCAUGUGCGCCUUGCUCCGGACGUCCUCCCGACACAGAAACUCCGUCAGGUCCUUCUCGAUGCACCGCACACUCUUGUCGAUCGACACGUCGUUCUGGUCCUCCAGACCACACACAGUCUCCUCCAGGCGGUGCACCAGCUCGGGGAAUUCGGGAGAGGGGAGGUUGGGGAAGCGAAGCUCGAUGCGCCGGAGGGAGACGAUGAAGUAGGAGGAGCUCAUGAGCAGCUCUCGCGUGGCGUCUUGGUGUUCGAUCUGGAAGAGGAGCAGGAGCUGCGCGCCUCGCCGGCUCCACCCCUUGAUGCGGAUCUGGUAGUGGGGCGUGGUGUCCUUGAUGCUGUCGCGGUCGUGCCGGCUGGCCUCCUUCUUGGCGAGCUCCUCACCUGCCGCACGAAGGUCAAUGCGGCUGUCGUGGGUGAGGGUCCUGUGCAGCACCAUCGAUACACCACACACACAACAGACAGACAGACAGGCAGACAGAUAGGCAACAGGUGAGGUGCCGAUGCAUAACUUGCUUGUCCAUCUCUCGGAGCCCGUGUGUGUGUGUGUGUGACCUGAGGAGUUUGAUGGCUUCCUCGUCCUUGGCUUCAUCGUCGCUUGGCAGAGAUGCCGGCGAGUCCUCCUUGACGGCACGGCCGGGCGACCGCAGCUGCCCCUCGGCCACGGCAGCAGGCUUGCUGCCCCUCGCUGAUCUGGGCCGCUUCGACGAGUCGGAUGAUGCGCGAGACCGAAACAUCAGGGACGCCGCGAGCAACAGAAAGAGAAGCAGCACCGACUACUUAGCAGCACCGAAUACUAGCAUAAGCCAUCAGCACGUGGUUUUUUC